AUGCCCCGUCCGUCUCCUUUCCAACCGGACUGUCUCGCCGGCCGCAUUGCGUUGAUCACGGGCGGCGGUUCCGGCAUUGGAUUCGAAAUCGCCCGCCAGUUACUCCGGCACGGUUGUCACGGCGUCGUGCUCUGCGGCCGCCGGGAAUCCUUUCUCCAAAAGGCCUGCGCCUUGCUCCAAACCGAAACACCCCCCACCGUAUCGGUAUCCUACCACGUCACCGACGUCCGGGACCCCGCCGUUUGCCGCGACGCCGUCGCCCACGUCGACGCCACGUACGGACGACUCGAUAUUCUCGUCAACGCCGCCGCCGGGAACUUCCUCGCCGCCGCCAAGGACCUGUCGCCCAAAGGAUUCGCUACCGUGCUGGCGAUUGACGCACUCGGGACCUUUCACAUGUGCCACGCAGCGUAUCCGUUGUUGUCGCGACGACGGGACCGCGACUCCAACGAACCGACGGCACUCGUCCUCAACCUAUCCGCCACACUCCAGUACGGCGCCACGUGGUGGCAAGCGCACGCAUCCGCCGCCAAGUCGGCCGUCGACUCCUUGACGCGGAGCUUGGCACUGGAAUGGGGAAUGGACGGGAUUCGUGUCGUCGGCAUCGCACCCGGACCCAUUGCCAAUACGCCCGGGACGACCAAACUCGCGCCCGACACGGAAAACGCCGUCGCGACGCAGAUUCCGCUCGGACGCAUGGGACACGCCUGGGAAAUUGGGGAGGCUGUUGUCUUUCUGUGCGUGGCACCCUACGUUACUGGUGAUGUACUCGUCGUCGACGGGGGACACUGGCUUUAUCGUACCCCCACGGUUCCCCGCGAACGGGUCGCCGAACUGUCCCGGAAAGUGGAACGCCAAAGCCGUGCACAGGCUCCGCAAGCCAGUUUGUAA